AGGCCUACUUCCGGUCCCUCCCACGUAGAAGGGUAUAGCCAGUCACAGCGCUGUUACGGGAAGCUCGUAGGCUCAAACAGCUGUUAAACCCUUCGCGAUCAGCGAUCCCGACGGUCCGAUAUUCUUAGCGAGCAUGGGGCCGCUAUUCAAGGCAAAGGCGCUGCUUGUGUCGGUCGGUGAGGUGUUGCAGUGUGCCUUUGGUCGGUAGUGACGGAUAGACGGACAGCUGGCUGAGCGGAGAGUUUCGGCACGGAACUGCUCAGGUGGCGACUUCAAGGCGACUGCUGUGAUGCUACGUAGGCAGCUGGAAGAAAUGGGAUUUCCUGCUAUGAGAGAGAUUCUUUGAGCCCGGAGCCUCGGACUUGCCUCUUCUAUUUUACCUUAUUUUUAACUGAGUUGGUUGGUUUGCUUUACAGACGCGGUGCCGUUCGGAUAGCUACAGAGAGCACUGGUCGCUUGGGGAAGCUUUGGGGAAUGGCAGGUCGAAGCCGAAGAGCCUGGUUUAGUGUUCUGCUGGGGUUGGUGGUCGGGUUCACGCUGGCUUCCAGACUCGUCUUACCCAAGGCGACCGAGCUAAAGAAAGCCGGACAGAAACGGACGGCGAACACUGCAGGCUGUGGAGUGAACGGGGGUCACAGGAAGGAAUACGACGGAGUACUAUGGCCACCGCAAGAUAACAGUUUACCGGCGACCGAGAAGCCUGGCUCCGGGUCCAAUCAUUUCCUGUUCGUCGGUGUGAUGACUGCCCAGAAGUACCUGAACAGCCGGGCUGUCGCGGCUCAUCGGACGUGGGCGCAGACAGUUCCAGGACGUGUAGAGUUCUUCUCCAGCGAAGGCUCUGACACCUCUAUACCCAUUCCCAUAGUGGCUCUGAAGAAUGUAGAUGACUCUUACCCACCGCAGAAAAAGUCCUUCAUGAUGCUAAAGUACAUGCAUGACCAUUACCUGGACAAGUACGAGUGGUUCAUGAGGGCCGAUGACGACGUCUACAUCAAGAGUGAGAAGCUGGAGAGCUUCCUGCGCAGCCUGAACAGUAGCGAGGCCAUCUUUCUGGGCCAAACAGGCAUGGGGGCCCGGGACGAGCUGGGUAAACUAGCUCUGGAGCCUGGGGAAAACUUCUGCAUGGGGGGGCCAGGGGUCAUCAUGAGCCGUGAGGUCCUCAAGAGGAUGGUGCCCCACAUUCGAGAAUGUCUACAGGAGAUGUACACCACCCAUGAAGACGUGGAGAUUGGCCGCUGUGUCCGGAGGUUUGCCGGGGUCCAGUGUGUCUGGUCCUAUGAGGUAAGAUGUUGUCAUUUUGUUUUCAUACUUAAUAUAUGAAGCAGCCUCUCAGUUCCCACUGUGUGUGUGAAGGGAUACUUUACAAGUUGCAUAAAACUAAAAAGUUUUACCUCAGAAACUGCACAGUUGAUAUUCAGUCAGAAUUUAAGAUGCAAGAGAAAGAAGGGCCUAAUUUGGCCUGGUGGCCUUCUGGUCUGUCACACCGCUCAUGGCAUGUGCUUCUCCUGAAACACAGGAAAUGAGUUCCACUUUGAAGAAACGCCUACAGCAGCUGAAGCUUCACAGAGAGCUGUGUGACUGCUCAACCUUGUCUUUCCUAUGUUUUAUACACAUUUGUUGCCAAGCCAGUUAUGUCUCACUGAAAUGAAGUUGUUGUUGAGAAACAAAAGAGCAUGCAGGAAGAGUUCUAUAAAUAGAACAACCGCCCUGUUCUUUUGGCUCUGGUGCCAUACGUUGUUCCAGAGGAGCCUAUCGCAACAUGCAUUGGAUACGAGGCACUUAGAGGCAGGCAGAUACCCUUAUAAAGGCUGCUGGUCUAUUCCGCUUUAUUUAUACUCAAAAGCUGUUGAAGGAACUUUGCAGGCAGAGACUUUUCUGCCCAGCUUGUUCUCCGUUGCAUUAUUUCCCAAACAGCCAGGGGCCGUGUAAACUAUUCUUUGAAGAAGCUAGUAAGUCAUAAAUCAAACAUAGCUGCAUGCUCUGCUUUACAGCAUCUUAAUUAGACCCUCCAGAAAAACGCGAUUCUGCGAUCGCAGAAUUUACCGCAUAAUCAGCAAAAUGGCGCAGAUUUUUAAAAGGCCGCAUAUUUAUCAAAAGGCCGCAUAAUCCCCGCAUUUUUCCACACAAAGUUGAGAAAAAAAAA